AAAAUCCCAAAGAGUCUGGAGAGUGAAUCAAAAUCGGAAGUAUUGUUAGAGAAAUGAGAAAGAUUCUUCAUCUUCUUAUUUUUAAGGUCUCUGUUCUUGAAUUCAUCAUUAGUGUUUCUGCUUUUACCUCACCUGCUUCACAGCCUUCUCUUUCUCCUGUUUACACUUCCAUGGCUUCCUUCUCUCCAGGGAUCCAAAUGGGUAAAAGCCAAGAACACAAGUUAGAUGCACACAAGAAACUUCUAAUCGCUCUCAUAAUCACCUCAUCUUCUCUAGGACUAAUACUUCUAUCUUGUUUAUGCUUUUGGGUUUAUUGGUCUAAGAAAUCUCCCAAUAACACCAAGAACUCAGACGGUGAGAGUGGGAUAUCAUUAUCCAAGAAGGGUUUUGUGCAGUCCUUCGAUUACAAGACACUAGAGAAAGCAACAGGCGGUUUCAAAGACGGUAAUCUUGUAGGACGAGGCGGAUUCGGAGAUGUUUACAAGGCCAGUUUAGGCAACAACACUCUAGCAGCAGUCAAAAAGAUCGAAAACAUUAGUCAAGAAGCAAAACGAGAGUUUCAGAACGAAGUUGAUUUGUUGAGCAAGAUUCACCACCCGAACAUCAUCUCAUUGUUUGGAUAUGGAAAUGAAAUCAGUUCGAGUUUUAUCGUCUAUGAGCUGAUGGAAAAUGGAUCCUUGGAUGCACUGUUACACGGACCUUCUCGGGGAUCGGCUUUAACAUGGCACAUGCGGAUGAAGAUUGCUCUUGAUACAGCAAGAGCUGUUGAGUAUCUCCACGAGCGUUGUCGUCCUCCGGUUAUCCACAGAGAUAUUAAAUCGUCAAAUAUUCUCCUUGAUUCUUCCUUCAACGCUAAGAUUUCGGAUUUCGGUCUUGCGGUAAUGGUGGGGACUCACGGCAAGAACAACAUUAAACUAUCAGGGACACUUGGUUAUGUUGCUCCAGAAUAUCUCCUAGAUGGAAAAUUGACCGAUAAGAGUGAUGUUUACGCGUUUGGGGUGGUUCUACUUGAACUUUUGCUAGGAAGACGGCCGGUUGAGAAAUUGAGUUCGGUUCAGUGCCAAUCUCUUGUCACUUGGGCAAUGCCUCAACUUACAGAUAGAUCAAAGCUUCCGAAAAUCGUGGAUCCGGUUAUCAAAGAUACAAUGGAUCAUAAGCACUUAUACCAGGUAGCAGCGGUGGCAGUGCUUUGCGUACAACCAGAACCGAGUUAUCGACCGUUGAUAACCGAUGUUCUUCACUCGCUUGUUCCAUUGGUUCCGACAUCGUCGUGUCUCUCUCUCGGUGAAUCCUUGAUCUUUUCUUCACUCUCUCGACCUGAUCGUUUUCGAAACCGCACGAUUCUAACCAAUUCCAGCUUAAUCAUGGCUUCGUCAAUGUUAUCUCUCGGUUCAACUUCUCUAUUACCGCGCGACAUUAACAAGGAUAAGCUAAAGCUUGGAACUUCCGGUUCGAGCCCAUUCCUAAAAGCAAAGUCUUUUAGCAGAGUGACUAUGACAGUUGCAGUCAAGCCUUCUCGUUUCGAGAGUAUAACUAUGGCUCCACCAGACCCUAUUCUUGGAGUCAGUGAAGCAUUCAAAGCUGACACUAACGAGAUGAAACUCAAUCUUGGUGUCGGGGCUUAUCGUACUGAGGAACUCCAGCCUUAUGUGCUUAAUGUUGUUAAAAAGGCGGAGAAUUUGAUGUUGGAGAGAGGAGAUAACAAAGAGUAUCUUCCAAUUGAGGGGUUGGCAGCAUUUAACAAGGCUACUGCCGAGUUGCUAUUUGGAGCUGGUCAUCCUGUUAUUAAGGAACAAAGAGUGGCUACAAUUCAGGGUCUUUCGGGAACAGGUUCACUGCGAUUAGCUGCGGCUCUUAUAGAGCGUUAUUUUCCUGGAGCAAAAGUUGUGAUAUCAUCACCAACCUGGGGUAAUCACAAGAAUAUCUUCAAUGAUGCCAAAGUUCCGUGGUCCGAAUACCGGUACUAUGAUCCAAAAACAAUUGGUUUGGACUUUGAGGGAAUGAUAGCAGAUAUAAAGGAAGCUCCAGAAGGAUCUUUCAUUUUGCUUCACGGAUGUGCUCACAACCCAACAGGAAUUGACCCUACCCCAGAACAGUGGGUGAAAAUUGCUGAUGUCAUUCAGGAAAAGAACCACAUCCCAUUUUUCGAUGUUGCAUACCAGGGCUUUGCUAGUGGAAGCCUUGAUGAAGAUGCAGCAUCUGUGAGAUUAUUUGCUGAGCGUGGAAUGGAGUUUUUUGUUGCUCAGUCAUAUAGUAAAAAUUUAGGUCUUUAUGCAGAAAGAAUUGGGGCAAUCAAUGUUGUGUGCUCAUCAGCUGAUGCUGCUACAAGGGUCAAGAGCCAAUUGAAAAGGAUUGCUCGGCCUAUGUACUCGAACCCACCAGUUCAUGGGGCGAGAAUUGUGGCAAAUGUCGUGGGUGAUGCAACUAUGUUCAGUGAAUGGAAAGCAGAGAUGGAAAUGAUGGCAGGAAGAAUAAAGACGGUGAGACAAGAGUUGUAUGAUAGCCUCGUUUCAAAAGACAAGAGCGGGAAGGACUGGUCCUUCAUUCUGAAGCAAAUUGGCAUGUUCUCUUUCACGGGGCUAAACAAAGCUCAGAGCGAUAACAUGACGAACAAAUGGCAUGUGUACAUGACUAAAGACGGGAGGAUAUCAUUGGCCGGAUUGUCUCUGGCGAAAUGCGAGUACCUUGCUGAUGCAAUCAUCGACUCAUACCAUAACGCCUUGUUGUAUUGGGAGACUCCCAUCGAGUUAUAGAAGAAAUUUACGAUUGUAUUUAUACAAUUUCACAAUGAGAAUUGCUCCGAGGAGUGACGACAGAAAUUAUCAGAUUGUGUACGGUGUUGCCAUCCUUCUAAUAUCAUUAUACAUUUCCACAUUUCUGCUAUAAGAAGCAGAGACUAACUAUUACAUUAUCAGAGCAAAUCGAAAUAAAAAACUGGUAUAAUU